AUGGAAGAUGACCAACAAGGCCAAAGGAUUGUCAUUAUACGGGAGCCCCCGAAAAAGAGGAUAUCGGACGAGUACUCUGAGUUUAGGAAGAAGAUGGACAUUCGGCGACGAAAGGUGAGCAAAUUAUAUCCAUUCGUGGAAAAAUUUCUGAAUUCAUUUCCAAAAUUAAAAAGGCGUACUGACAUCAUGAAAUUAGCAUUAAGAAUAGGUGAACUGGUUCAAAUUCCUGUUGAUAGGAAUGCAAAAAGAUUAAAUGAGCCAUUGAUAUGCUGGUUUUGCGAGAAUUGGCAGUUAGUGUCAAAAUUAGUUCUUCCUACUUAUGUUGAAUUGUUUAUGCAGCCAGAAGUUGUCGAUGUAAAUCCUCAAAAUGUAGAAAAUGAUCAAGAUAUACAAAAACUAGACCAGGAGAUUCAAAAGAUCAUGCAGGAAAUUGGGGAUAUGGACCAAUUUGAAAUUGAUGUCGAUAAUAUUAAUUUAAGUCGUUCUGAAUCAAGUGAUACUUCUGGACCGAAUCCACAAUAG